AUGGCUGAAAGUACAAGUGCGCACAUACAUAUCGCGCAAGAUCAGGCCUCGACUUUGGCCGAGACCACUCGGAAGAAGCAACAGGCUCAACAGCCGCGCCAACUGCUCUCAUGUACAAAAUGCAGAGAGCGAAAGGUCAAGUGUGAUCGCACAAAGCCAUGCUCGGCAUGUUGUGCCCGUGGCUCUCCACGCGACUGCCACUUCAUCGCAGAAGAUGGCAAUUACGCCCCAAUCCAACAAAGUUAUGAGCUUCGUAAACUGCGCGCCGAAAAUUUACGUCUUAAAGAAAGGCUGCGAGCCUACAAGAUUUCGGCAGAUGACGAUGACCUGGGUCAUGUGGAUUCUUUGGACUCACCUCUCAAUGAAGGUACUGUACAGUCGAGACGGCGAGCUGUGAAGCAGAUACGUUUCCAGACUUCUGAGUGGCAGGAUAGCAUUUAUUUUGGCUCGCCUGGAUUAGCUACUGUCCUCAGUGAUUUCUCCUCAGUGGAUGCUAGCGUUCUGCCAUUGUCGUAUACACUACCUCGAGCCUCGGAUAUGUUUCGCAGUCUGCCAACGUAUCCCUUCCCGACUCUCUUCGUUGCUGCACCCGAUGAAUGUAUCCCACAGCUAAUUAGCUGCCUACCCGUGAAGGAUGAGCUUAUGGAGUACUAUGGAAUUUUCCAGCGGCUUAUCUGCCAAGUGCCGGUGGAGACAACGAAAAAGGAGAUCGAGGCUUUCCUUUUCGACGCACGAAAGAACUCCCAACUCUAUCCGGCUACUUUGGCAUUGCUUUUUGGAUUCAUCGCGCUUGGCGCACAACACUCAAUCUGGGACAAAAGCGGAGGACGAUGGAACGCCAACGCCAUCGAAAUCGAGACUCAGAAGGGCAAUAUUUACAUUGCAGCAGCGAUGCAAGCUUUACGCCUGGCUUCUUUUACACACAAGCCAUCUCUCUCCGCAAUUCAGACGCUCCUUAUGAUUGGGAGUUAUCUAACCAACAACGGAAGAAUGUUGGAUUCGUUCGCGUUGUUUGGUACUACGAUUCGCCUUGCCCACUCGAUUGGUCUUCAUCGUCACGCGAAGUACCUAAAUCCUGCUCCUACGAAUGAGAAAGACUGCGUAAUACGACAGAAAGUUUGGUGGCAUAUGCUGCACAUGGAUGAACACAUGUCUAUGACCCUUGGAAGACCUCUAGGAAUAAGCGGCAUUGGAGACAAUCCCUGGCCGGCUGAGUUGACGACCGACCCGGUUUUAUUACGAUUCGGCGAGUUCGUUAACCACUUUACGAUACUGGCCAGACAAAUAGUGAGUAGCGACUGCUUGACGAAUGCCAGGAUCGACGAGUUCACCGAUAUACUCCGAAGAUUACUAGAUACAAUACCUGAAACGCUCCAGUUUCGUGACAAUUGGAUGCGUCCCGAGACUCCUCUGCCGGACUUAAGUGCCAUAGCUACUGUAUACUUUUCCAAUGCUCACACCUACAUCCUUCUUCUGAACCAACAGAAAAUUCAGAAGCAUGCCACUUCAGCCACUACCUCAACGGGCAGAGAUAAUGUAUUACCAUUUCAACGUGCCAACCGCCCCUCCCCCUUGGAUUUUUCACACGAGACAUACUCAACACAGGCUUUAUAUCGUGGACGAACGCUGGUACUUUCUUCUUCGGAAGCUCUUAUUUCUGCUUUCAUGUUCUUCCAUUACAGAGACCCAGCUGCGCUGGUCGAUUGGACAAUCGCACAAAAGGCCUUUGAUGGUUGUAUGAUCCUUCUCUUGGAUGCAUUAGAAUGCCGAACAGUCACCACCGGCGCAUUCAAAGCGGAACAAGCGUUCGUUGUCUUCAAGGACCUGUACGAGAAUAGUGUCCACGAGCUUGCAGGGUUAGCCGUAGAGAAGCUCAGCUUUUGCUUGCAGGAGUUGCACAGGCUGGUAACGCGACCGUCUGAUGUCCAACCACGGGAACAUAGGCAUACAGUUGUGCAAGGGGCGCGGCACGUUGAAGCAACACGAGCUCCGGCUGCGACUGACGCAGUGACGGGUCACACUGGAAUGUUUCCACUCGAAGAUCUAAGCCAGCAAACUGUCGCGAACGAAGUCCUUGCCUCGAUGGCUUGGAACAAUCCCAAUAUCACCACCCAGACCGAGGAGCAUCGUCAUGCGGAAAUACAUCGCGGAGGUACAUACAAGAAACAAGCCACAGCCACCGAGAACUAUGUCGACAAUACUCGAUUCACAGACGUCAUGCAGGGUUUGCGCAGAUCGAACACGUUGCGAUCAGCGUCCACACGAUACGCGACUCCGUCUGAGGACGAUCAUAUGCAGCCACAUGGUUACACUGCUCCAACUUCGCCCGCAGACUUUUCAAUGCUGCAUAAUCAUCAGCUGAAGAACACAAUGGAUCAUCGUGGGUGGCAAACUUCCCGAGGAGAUGAAAGCACCAGCCCGCUUCACUUAGGUACCCAAUUUCAGGUAGUCGCAACAUCAGAAGACCCGCAGCACGACAUGGUUUGGCAUCAUGAAUGGAGUCAUGAUGUGUCCGGCGGGAUCCAGCAGCGCAGGCCCCAAGUUUCCGCAUGGCCACAAAGGCAUAAUUCAUGUCCCGCAGUGCCUCCAGUCAGCGCUCAUCCGCCGAUUCUUAGACCAGUUUUCUCCUCACCAGGUGACAUCGACCGGCCCAUCAUGGUGCGAAGGUCACGAAACACGCCCAUCACCUCAGCCGAGCAUACAUCAUUCAACACAUCACAGAGCUUCUCCCGGGUUGCAGAGACGAAUCCAAGCACCCCCUUCACUCCUCAGCGCGCAGCACCGUUACAGAUGUCAAGCAUUGCUGAGAUCACACCAGGCUUUUCAUCGACCGUUCUAGGAGGGUUCCAUGGAGAGGAAGGGCAGAUUACAUCACAAGUCGUGAUAUACCCGUCAAUUACCGCUGCGUCGUCAUCACUUACGCCUAUGGCAGAGAACAUGAAUAUGAAUGAUUGGAGUAGAUACUUGGGUAACGAACGCCUGGACUAGGGAACCAUCUGAUUGGCACAACACUGUCUUGAUCAGAUUGCGAGGGGACCACUUGUUGAUGAUACGUAUAUUUGGUAUCGGAAAUGGAACAAUUCAGACCAACAUCAUGGCAAGCCAAAGUGAAAAACAUUCCUUUGCGUUAGUCGCAUACA